AGAUAAAAUUUGAUGCUGGGACUCUCCUUCUUAGUACACACCGACUGAUUUGGAGAGAUCAGAAAAAUCAUGAGUGUUGCAUGGCCAUUCUCCUUUCCCAAAUUGUGUUCAUUGAAGAACAGGCAGCUGGAAUUGGGAAGAGUGCCAAAAUAGUGGUUCAUCUUCACCCAGCUCCUCCUAACAAAGAACCUGGCCCAUUCCAGAGUAGUAAGAACUCCUACAUCAAACUCUCCUUCAAAGAACAUGGUCAGAUUGAGUUUUACAGGCGUUUAUCAGAGGAAAUGACACAGAGAAGAUGGGAGAAUAUGCCAGUUUCCCAGUCAUUACAAACAAAUAGAGGACCCCAGCCAGGAAGAAUAAGGGCUGUAGGAAUUGUAGGUAUUGAAAGGAAACUGGAAGAAAAAAGAAAAGAAACGGACAAAAACAUUUCUGAGGAACGAGGGGGAAUAAUGUCACUCACGGAGGUGUACUGCUUAGUAAACCGAGCUCGAGGAAUGGAA